UUGAAGACCAAAAUUAUAACCUAUUUAAUUCCAAUUAUAUUUAACUGAUUACCGGUGCAUGAUACCAAUAAUAUUUUUAAAAAAACGAUAACGCGUUAAAAACAUUUUAAUUUUGUUUUUCCAUAGGACGAACAUUAUUUGCAAUAUAACAAAAUGAAUUCAUUAUCGGCUAAUUCAUUAACAGGAGCACAAAAAAGUGAAUUAAUGGAACAGGUUAAACAGCAAAUUGCUGUUGCCAAUGCACAAGAAUUAUUAACGAAAAUGAUUGAGAAAUGUUUUAAAAAAUGUGUUAUCAAACCAGGUACAUCAUUAGAUAGUACCGAACAGAAAUGUGUGGCAAUGUGCAUGGACAGAUAUAUGGAUACAUUUCAUCUUGUAUUUAAAGCAUAUAGCAAUCGUUUGCAACGAGAACGCAAUAGAAUGUAAAUAUAUGAUACAUUAUAAAGAAAUUGUUUUUUUUUUUGUUUUGUUAUUGUGUACAUUAUAGCUCAUUAAA